ACAAACAAGAUAAUCAAAUCAAAACCCACCACAAUGAAUCAAAGUCGCCAACAGACAGACAUCCGAGGAGGACGAGGAAGUGUGGUUCUUGAGCUGGGAAACUCAUCAUCCACACCCACAACCAUUUUCGAACCUCAAACUGGUAUAGACAAGAGAGAGAGCAGUAACAUCAAUUCUCUUUCUCUUUCAGACCCAAACACCGAUCGAGCCCCCGAAAAGAAACUAACCCUUUUCGCCCUCAGGCUAGCCGUGUUAGAAAAGGCUGCAACUAGCCUAGGAACCCUCGGAUUCAUCUGGGCCACAGUCGUUCUCUUAGGAGGUUUCGCCAUUACUUUAGACGAAACCGAUUUCUGGGUCAUAACCGUUAUCUUAGUAGUCGAAGGUGCAAGGAUAUUUAGCCGUAGCCAUGAGCUCGAGUGGCAACAUCAAGCCACAUGGUCAAUAACCAACGACGAUGGAACCAAUAACUUCCGUUCAAUAUUCAAAACUAUCCAAACCGAGCCGAAGAGAACUCCGACCAGAAAAUGGGAAACGUCGGACGUGCCUCUACUUCCAUAUGCACCUUGGGUAUUCCUAUCGAGAAAUGUAAGUAAGCUUUUAUAUUUCCUUCAACUCGCGUCUGCCAUGGCUUGCGUUGUCUUAUCGUUAAUGAAGCUCAUAAAACACAACUAUGGAGAAGUAGCGAAAGGAGACGUGGACAAGAGGAAUAGAAAGGCGGCUCUAACCAUCUUCUACGCUUUGGCCUUGGCUGAAGCAUGUUUGUUUCUAUUGGAAAAGAUGUAUUGGGAAUAUAAGGUCAUUAUUUGCAAGUUGCUUGAUGAGGUUAAUAAUGAGUGUCAAUUAGGAGUUCUGGGUAUGGUUUCGAUCAAACGUUUCUUCUAUGAUGCUUAUUCGAAAUGUAUUAACGGAAGCAUUUUCGAUGGUUUAAAGAUGGAUAUGGUUUCGUUUGCUAUGGAGCUUUUGGAAUCGAAUUCCCCUGAUGAACAGCUCAUCGGGGCUAGGAUUUUAAGAGAAUUCGCAACCAGUGAUCGGUUUUCAGAAGAUACUUUACAAAAGAUUGGAAUCAACCUCAGCAUAAUUGAGAGGUUGGUCGAGAUGUUGAAUUGGAAAGACCCGGAAGAAGAAGAGAUCAGGUUAUCAGCAGCAGAGAUAUUGUCGAAAGUAGCUUGCAAAAAACAGAACUCUUUAAGGGUAGCCGGGAUUUCAGGUGCGGUUGAAUCUAUUUCUUCACUACUACAAACAAAUAGAACCUUAAAUUCUGCGUCCGAUGAAAUCUUCGAGAGGAAACUCGUUGUGUACAAUGGAAACUACAGCUUCUGGACAUUCAAUCAUUUGGGACUGCUCAUUCUCAAGAAGCUUGCUCGUGAUCAUGACAAUUGUGGGAAGAUUGGCAACACUAGAGGACUUCUGCCGAAAAUCAUUGAUUUUACUCAUACGGGAGAGAGGCUGUUGAAGAAUGAAAUGGUUACAGAGUCGCAGAUUAUGACAGUGAAGAGAUCGCUUCAAUUGUUGCAAAUGCUCGCCAGUACAACAGGGGUAACAGGAAAACAACUCAGGAAGGAGAUAUCUGAGGUUGUGUUUACUAUAAGCAACAUAAGAGAUAUAUUACAGUAUGGUGAGAAACACCCUACACUCCAACAAUUGGGCAUUGAGAUUCUAACUAGUCUAGCUUUGGAAGAAGAUGCGACGGAGAGAAUAGGAGGGACGGGUGGAGUACUCAAAGAACUGUUCUCUAUAUUCUUUAAAGAGGGUAUGCCUGAAACUUACAAUCAUGUAAAGAUUGUAGCUGGACAAGCAUUAGCAAUGCUGGCAAUGGAGAGCAGACAGAACUGUCGUCGUAUCAUGAAACUAGAUCAUGCCAUUGGAAAGCUGUUAGCAGCACUUGAAGCACCUUUACUAAGAGUCAAUUCCGCGAGAAUUUUGACAAAUCUGUGCGCUUACAGUGGAGGAGAUGGUUUUUCUCAACUAAGGCAACUCACUUCUUCAUUACCCAUUGUACUUGGGUACAUUUCAAUAGAAGGGAAUAAGUUGCAGGAAGUGAUGGUGGGGCUAGCUGCGCGUGUGUUUGAAUACACUGCAAAAGAUGAAUUGAGGAUGAUGUUCGAGAAAGCAGGAAUGGACGAGGAUGAACUGGGAAAGACGGUGGUUAAGAUUCUUAAGAAACAUCGAUAUCCACCAGCAAAGACUCCUAGGAUAAGGAGAUUUGUAGUGGAAUUGGCGAUUUCUAUGAUGAGAACAGAGAAAGCAAAUGUUGAGAAUUUCAGGAGAAUUGGACUGGAGAUUGAGCUGGAACACAUCAUGGAGACUACAUCAGAGGUUGAAAGCUUCAAUAUUUUCUCAGGCAUGGUUGGGAUGAACAGGCAUAACACUAGUAUUCAUUCCUUAGUUGAGAUAGCUCUUAAGCUAAUGCAGAAUAAGUAAUCAAAUCGUAGCUAAGCAUGUGCAAAUAUUUGUUGAUUGAAAAUUCUUUUUCCUACUUAUUAUUCAUGUAAUUUCAUCAUAUAAAUAAAAUAAACCCUAAAUUUCCA